AUGGCCUCCCGACAGUGCUCAUCCAAUGGUACAUCGAUUAUAUUACUUUAUAUCUUUUCAGCAGUAUUAUUUCCGUACUUAGGGUAGGUAAUCUUACUCAUAAAAUGUGUCGCAAAUUAAAAAUUAUUGCCAGUCACUGGCAGACCGAUACCAACGCAUGAAUCUAAUAUCGAUGUUAUUUAAGUACAACUUUAAGAUAAUUAAAAACAUAAAAGAAAUAUUAAAGGCGGUAUUGCGGUGCUUUGAAAUGCCCAUUUUUUAGAAAGGACACAAGUCGUUGUAAUUGAGUAGACUUUGUUUUAAGGUGCACAGAGCGGUUCUAAUAAAAACACAUCAGCAACUUUGAAAGCACAAAUAGAAUAAUAUUAAAAAAUAGUGUUUUAGUGAAGUUACAAUCGACAUUUCCUUCACGAAUUAGCGUAAAUGUAUGCAUGGCGGUAUUCCAACAGCCCUACAGUCUGAGCAUUGAUUCCAAAACAAUUUUCUGUGGAUUUGUGGUAUUCCUGAUGCAUAGGUGCCUCUCGUUUAUUAGCCCCGCAGAUGUUCACAUUUACGCUUGAACUCGAUUUCGUCAACGUACUGGCUACAACUCGCCUCGUCCUGAAAUUCAGCAGCGACGAUAGACAAAACAAGGCGAAAGUAGAUUUUAACAGUUUACCCUUCAUAAGGCGUCGUUUCAAAGUUCAAAGUGAGCGACGAUUGUCCAAUCGCCUAAUGUCUAGCGAACACCACGUAUGAGGGAAAUGUCAUGCACGUUUAUCAAAGGAGCCCAAACGUGAAACAAAAGUGCGAAUUGAGAGCAGUAAAUCAAAAAGUAAAAAUGUCCUUUACUGAGCUAAAUGCAUCACUAUAUCAGGAAGGUUCGCACAUAAAAUGUGUAAUUUAGAGAUAUGUGGACUUCAAAAAUGAUAUAACUCGCUGCUUUACACGAAGUAAGAUAAAAUUCCUACGGAAACAUACGCAUUCGCAAAUAUUUUGAGACCAGGAGAGGAAACUAUGUGCCGUAAUAUCGACUUACUAGCAACCCAUCCGGUAUCAUUAUUGCCGUGCUCAUGACAGCACACCAGUCCUUCAUUCGAAAACAGCAGUUCACAUUAAUACAUUGUAGCAUGAAUAAUAAAACGAAAAGAGACCAAACCGGUGUGUACAAUGCUCAGUUCGUUAGUGACCGCGUAAUGAACUCCCGGCUGACUGGGCCUUGCAGCGCUGGGUGCACAUAUAUAACUGCGUGUGUUCAAACAUCGAAAAGAAAAUGAACCGUGUUAUGACCCGCCUGGUAAUUGAAAUCCUGUGAAGCGUAUGCGCACCCGACCCUUGUCCCCAAUACCAACGCGGCAGAGAAGGAGAACGCAACCGGCCACUAAAAUGUGUAUUUGGAAAUUGCAAGUCAAAAUUAACUGGAAGUAACGCAUUUUUAUAACGCCCUACUGUGCUUCGCCGGCGUUCGGCACAGUGCCCUUCGGGAAGAACAUUCGAGACGAACCGGUCGAUAAUUUGAAUAUGCUGAUCGAUCAGGCCCGAGAGGAAAAGCCAAUGGAGAGGCACCACGAUUAAGAUGACAGCGCAGUAGAGAAAACGCACGUGGCCUCCCGUGAUUUGCUGGCUCUUGUUUUUGGGAGUGUAGGCACUCCCAACAAACCGGUAGGCUUUAAAUAACGAAUACAACACAGGCACGGGUGUUGCCUGUGAAAUGUGUAUCAAAGGCGUGAACAGAUACGCAUACCUGGAGUUGCUGUCCAAGCUAACAUUAACUUAUCGACGUAAUUGAAAAACGAAAAUUGACAUUACGCUAAACAUUUGACGGCUGCACGUAUUACAGACUGUUAUUAGCAUCUAGUGCAAAGUAAAAAGGAACGUGCAUGGCGGAGUCGCGUCAACCACAUCCCACUCUGCGCAGAACCACGGAUAAUGCAGUUGAGGAAAGUGAAAGAACUGAACUAUAUCUAUCCUACUCACACUUCAGUGAUCCUAAGAUGGACGUUUUUUGACGGGUUCUCAGGCAAUGGAGACUCUUAAGAUGUAUGUUUGUACAAAACCAAUGCUAAUAUGAAGAUUGCAUAACCGCAUAACCCUAUCAAUACACAAAUUCGCUUCCCUUAAAAUUAGAGGGCAUGUCGUACCAGACUAGGCGUAUAUUUAAAGAAUGACGCAAAACGAUAACCGUCCAACCGUGCGAUAUACUCAACUUACCUCUCACGACAAAGACGACAUAUAUGUGUGGCGGUGUCUGUGGCAGUUCACUCAUAUAUCAGUCCACAUGUGAGUUUUAACGAGAAGUUAUUACUAAUCUCAUGAUUCACGAAUUAUCAAUAAGGUUUCUUCAGACUUCUGUGAAGUGUACACUAGCACAGAAGUUCUUUAAGCGCAGGACACUCCUGUUCUUGUGGUGACCACAUUUGCGAAUGUUACAGUUUACCCUUCAUAAGACGUCGUGUCAAAGUUCAAAGUGAGCGGGGACUGUGCAAUCGCAACGUACGUGAGAAAUGUCAUGCACGCUUAUUAAAGGAAUACAAACGGGAAACAAAUAUGCAAAUUGCAAGCAGUAAAUCAAAAUUAAAAAGAUGUUCUUUACUGAACCAAAUGCAUCAUUACAUCACGAAGGUUCGCGUAGAAUAUGUGUACAUUAAGAAUAUGUAGACUUCAGAAAUUACACUGCUCACUACAUUCUAAGAAGUAAGAUAAAAUUCCUACAGAGACGUACGCAUCCGCAUAUAUUUUGAGACUAAGGGUGGAAAAUGUGCGUCAUCAAACUGCCUUCCACUUGUAUCACUAGUAUUCCAUCUGGUAUAAUUAUUGCCGUGCUCAUGAGCACACACCAGCCCUUUAUCCGAAAGUCUCAGUUCACACUUUUACAUUCGAUGCAUGCAUAAUAAGGCGAAAAGAGUCCAAAUCGGUGUCCACGACGCUCAGUUCGUUAGUGACCGCAUAUUGGACUCCCGACUGACUGGGCAUUGCAGCGCUGGGCGCGUACAUCCGGCUCCGUGUGCUCAAACUUCGAAACGAACAUUAAACGGUAGGCUUUUAAUAAGCAAUACAACGCAGUCACGGAUGUUGCCUGUGAAAUGUGUAUCAGAGGCGUGGACAAAUGUGAAAAGUGGGCGGCCGUCCACAAUAAGAUUAAGUAAUUUGUCAACGUAAUUGAAACCGCAAGUUUAAAGUAUACUAGAUAUUCUACAGCGGCACGUAAUCUAGAGAGCUAGCAGUAAAAUGGGAAGUAACAUUUCUGGCAACGACGCGUCAACCACAUCACACUCUUCGCAGAAUCAUGGACAAUGCGAUAAAGGAGAGUGAGAGAUCUGAACUAAACCUACCCCACCUACACUUCGGCGAUCAUGAGGUGAACGUUUUGGACGUGAUCUCGGGCAAUGGAGACACUCAAAAUGCAUGUUUAUACAAAAUCAAUGGUAAUAUGAAGAUUGCAUAACCGACUUACCCUAUCAGCACACAUACAUUCGCUCCCCUUGAAGUGAGAGGACUUGUUGCACCAGACUAGGCGUCUAUUCAGUGGAUGACGCAGAACGAUAACCAUCCAACAGUACGAUAAACUCGACUUACGUCUCAAGACAAAAGCGACAUACAUGUGGCAGUGCCUGUGGCAGUUCACUCAUAUCUCGUUCUACGUGACCUUUAACGGUAGUUAUUACUAGUCUGACAGUUCACAAAUUUUUAAUGAGGUUUUCCCAGUCGUAUGUGAAGUGUACACAAGCACAGCAGUUCUUCACGCGCAAUACGUUCCUGUUCCUUUGGUGACCAGUUUUGCGAAUGAACAAACUAGUAGAAAAUUAGUGGCAUCGUGUAUACAAAUACGUAUGCUCGCCCUCACAUAAUUUUACCUUUUUUAUUCAAGCUGUCUCAGACAUUUGUAAAAUGCCAAUUGAGAGGGGCCCCUGCAACCAAGAUCUCAUCCGGUAUGGCUAUGACAGGGAGACGGGCAAAUGCAAGAAAUUCUCAUACGGCGGUUGCGGUGGCAACGAUAACAUUUUCUUCACGCAAACUGGCUGUGAGAGAAGCACACUGAGAUGUUCAUCCAAUGGUAGGCGAAACAACUUUUCUCUAUCUUGUCGUGCUGUUUGCAGAGCAUAAUUUUGUUAUACUACGGAAAAGUAUAUAUUCUGAUAUUCAAAUACUUUUCUUUUCGACCGACUGCGAUAUUCGCGCUCUGUAAUAAAUGACUGCUUACCCUGAAUACUGUUGAUUUAUUGCGGCUCUGCAUGCGUAACUAUUUCUGUCCAAAAUACGCAAAAAUAUAUUCUUUUCUGUACAUAUUUGGCCGUAAAUCACGUACUCUUAACUUUUUUGCAUGAUGAAAUGUGAAUUUGUACUCCAAAAAUGCUAAUGUGUUUGAGAUGCUUUAAGAAGUUGCAAAUAACAACGCGUCUGUCUGAAAAACAAUGCUUUUCAUGUUAGCUAUCGCAAACGCUCUGCAGCUUGAUCAACAACUUGGUACCUUUUUACUUUUAUUGAUUUUGAUAGGUGCAGUGUUGCUGGCGGAUAUUUCGAGAUUGUGGUGUUUCGCGGAUCGUUUCGGUUAUAUUUUGCGAUUUGGCUUGCGCCUUAAAUUACAUUAGGGUGAAGGUUUGGCUUAAAUUUAAGGGUUUGGGCUCAGGUUAGGAUUAGUGUUUAAGGUUAAGAUGCGGGGCUAGAGUUAGGAAUUGGCGUUAGAGUAAGCGUCUACGAGUAAGACUUAGGGUUGAUUUUACGGUUGGGUCUAGAUUUUAAUAAGAAUCUGGGCUUAUGUUUAGGGCUUGGACAGUAGGCUUUAGAAAAAGGUAAGCAUUUAUUUUUAGAAACAAGAUAGCCAGCGGAUAUUGGUCAUUUCGCACUGACUUCUUACACCAUUUGUUUACGGCUUGCGUCUGCUUGGUCACUUUCAUGGGCGGUUUUGUUUUGAUAAAAUUUGGCAGAUGAAUCACUAUUGUACUUAUUGGAGUCGGUUUCUGCUAGUAACUUAGAGACAAUUUUUGUAUCAUGCGUUGGUUAUGCUAGAAUUUAACACAUUAAAACAUACUUGCAUAUAUUUUUAGUACGGCCGUUUUUUCUUAGUUUUCGCUCGCUGUUCCUCGUCUUACCGUAGCCUCACCCGUAAGCCCCUGUUACCUUGACGUACAUAUUACUAUUGUUCUUGGUGGAGUUGGUUAUAGCUAGUACCUUAGAGGGGAUUUUUGAAUCAUGUGCUGGUUAUGCUGGGAUUAAACAUAUUAAAAAAAAUUUGCAUAUUUUUUUAUACAUCCGCUUUUUUCUUAGUUUUCGCACACCCAUCCGUCUCUUACCGUAGAUCCACCCGUAAGCUCCUGUUACUAUAGUUCCCGUAUUUAAACCCGUUUCCCAGUAGAAUCGCUUUUCCGAGUUCUGACCUUCUCAUCCGGCAUAAUACUUAGUCUAGAUUCGUUCUAAAAUGUUGUGAGUUCCUUAUGGCAUUUACUUAAGAGCAUAGAGUAAUAGGUGUUUCCCGCUACACGGAAAUUACCCAGCCACUAAACUGAAAACCCUGAACCAAGUGCAACGGCAGAUGGAGAUUAACACUAUUAUAGGAUUGAAAAAAUGCUUUUGAAAGCGACAGAUAUCCCCUUUGGGGUAUGAAAUUUAGGGUAGACUUGACUUGCGCUAAGAGGAGCAGGAGAAUAACUAUUUUUAUAAACUUUUGCUUAAGGGUAUAUUUGAAUUUUUAAAGACAUGGAAAGUAAACGAAAACAUUCAGGCUGUGUAAGCAGUCAUUUUUCUAGUGGCAUCAAUGUGGUCGGUCGAGAAGUAAUGUAUUUUAGGACCGAAUCAUAGUGUAUCUGCGAUAUCACAACACUAUGCUGCAGUCUAAUCAAUAUUACAACGUAUUAUUCGUAAUUGAAAACACGUCGAAAAUUCGGUUAAAUUUUUUAUGAUUAUUCGCUGAGUUUAAAUGCUUAACUGCGUAAAACAUCCCACAAAUAGUGCUGUGGGAUCGGGUAAGAUCCAAAAUACAACAGUGAGGUUCACACGCUUACUUAAUUUAUAUAUAUAUAUAUAUAUAUAUAUCAGCGCGGAGGGACGACAGAGAAUGCGGGUAGAUUGAUACAGCACUGUUUCGGGCUUAUUCUGCCUUCAUUCAGCCAAUCAUAACCCGGUGUGCGCCCAUUCCUGAUUGAUAAAUACCCGAUCUGCAGCGACAGAGAAUGGCAGGUGGCAAGGCACUGAUGAACUUCUGUUAGAUGAAGUGCUUAUGACCCAUCUGGUAGGCCUCAGUGGUGGACCGACUGCGCCAGGAGCGUCUGUGCGCAUGUUUGUGUUUCUGGUCUCAGCUGCUGGUGGUCAGGGUUAUGAUUGGCUGAAUGAAGGCAGAAUAAGCCCGAAACAGUGCUGUAUCAAUCUACCCGCAUUCUCUGUCGUCCCUCCUCGCUGCUAUUAUGACUUGGCCGACUUCGGCCUGGUAAUUGGUUGCCUGUUCAUGACCUUUGUCACACAUACGGAGCUUGUUUGCUUUGUGAAGCCAGCAGAUCGGUGUGCGCCCAUUCCUCAUUGAUAUAUAUAUAUAUAUAGGCGCUCCAGAAUUGUGAGCCAGGCCAUGCGACAAUAAUUGUCGACCUUAAUCCUCUAACACAAACGCCAGAUGAUGAUUUCCAAAGCAGAAGAUUGAGAGCAUAUGAAGAUAAUUAAAAUAAAUGAUAUCGUCACCCUGCCCGCGGACAAGGGACGUCCGACUCUCGUCAUGGAUAAGGUUGAGAACUGCACAAAUCUAAGCAUCCUCUUGCUGGAUAAGAAAGCUUAUGCGCUAUCGACUGUGAGCGAGUUUAAAAAGCUCGUAAACAGCAUAAACCAUACAAUAGGCAAGCUGAGGAAGGCGGGAGCUCUUACGACAAGGGAAGCGUUGACGGAAAAUGUCAGUGAUGCAGCGAUGGCGCGCUUCUACGGCCUACCAAAGGUUCACAAGAAGGGGGUGCCGCUACGACCCAUCGUCUCCUGACGUGGUACCCCAAACUUUAGGCUGUUAAAGUGGCACUACAGGCGACUUUGUUUCCUUAAUAAGGAUUCGGAGUUGACAGUGAAAUCGGCUGAAGAGUUCUUGACGACAAUCGAACAUCACGAUGUGGAGGCAGAUGAGAUGAUGGUGUCAUCUGACGUGGUCUCAUUAUUAACCUCCGUCCCACUCGCGCUGGCUAUCGACACUAUUGAUGGCUUUCUCCUGGCAAAGUAUGAUGAUACCGACCAACAGCGCUGA